UGACGUUUCGCACGAAUAUCUGUAUGCUACAUUAGGCUAAUAGCAUAUCUGGGGUGUCAGUUCAAGUCGCCAAGCGUUGUUAAAGUUAUCCACUGGAGAUAUUUUUUUUAAGGAAAACGACCUCUUAAUAACCCCUGCUGUUCCCCAUGGACGAUGUGAAGUGCGUUCACAUCAUUUAGGACACAGCGGGUCCAGUGGAUAGCUACCGGGGCUACCUAUCUAAAGCUAAUAACAGGCUGAAUAACAUCUCAGUAAAAGGGAAGAAACGCGCUUUCAACAUGUCAUUAUAUCGGUGACAGGACGGUCUGGGGUGGUGAUGAACUACACAACUUUUCUGGACCUCUUAAACAUGGUUUCAUCGCGGACGGCAGUCAGGUGAAGAUAAGGUAUUUCAGGAGGUGUAACAGGGGAGAUGGGAACACUGUCAACAAGGCGUCUGUCGGCGGAGGUGUAUGCCACUUAAACGGCGACGGUCUAGUUUGUGAUCGUCACAGAGGUAGGAGUUUGUAAACCCGUGGUCUGUGACAUGCCGACGUGUCGUGCUCUAUCUUUAGAUUACAGGUGAGCUGGGGAAGUAAACAGGUGUGACCCGUGAAUACACACCGAGUUCCUGGUGAACAGCAGAACUACUAGACACUAAACCUCGAUACCUGAUGGAUUUACAGUUCGACAACUGAUGGACCAGAAUAGUGGGAUUACUGUAAUAUCUGCGACUGCCUUAAUUCCAGUUUCAGGUACCAGUUUCAAGAUUCAGAGCGAGCAGCUCUGACCGCGUCUUGAGACACCGACGUUAUGAUGAAGGGGAUUAUUCAUAAUGAGGCUUCUGGAAACUAAAGCAUCAGCUUGUUCGUGAACAACGACUAUUAGAGACGUGAUCCCUUGGACUGGAAUAAAGAAGGUCCGCAUGGCAACACACUCGGAUGGAUCUCCUGACAUCUGCUAGAAAAGCACAGCCGCUGGCGUAUUGAUUAACUUUCUGCCAGCCCAUACCACAAUAAUGUGUAUAUCACUGGGCAGUUGGAUACCCUCAAAAAUGUUCCCCAUACGGUUACACAUGCUGCUCCUUGCCUUCCUAUUCGGCCAAGGACUAGCGAUGUCCAGAGAGGAGAGACACAAACUAAGGGACCAAGUGGUGGAGAUGUUUGACCAUGCUUAUCAGAAUUACAUGGACCAUGCUUACCCAGCGGAUGAGCUCAUGCCUCUCACGUGCAGAGGUCGCGUCCGGGGCCUUGAGCCUAGCAGGGGCGAUGUGGACGAUGCUCUGGGCAAGUUCUCCCUCACCUUGAUCGAUACUCUGGACACCCUAGUGGUGCUGAACAAGACGGUAGAGUUCGAAGCGGCCGUACGGCGGGUCUUGAAAGACGUGAAGCUCGACAACGACAUCGUGGUGUCCGUGUUCGAGACCAACAUCCGCGUCCUGGGGGGCCUGCUGGGAGGCCACUCCAUGGCCAUCAUGCUGAAGAAACGCGGGGAGCGCAUGCUGUGGUACCAAGACGAGCUCCUGCACAUGGCCAAAGAGCUGGGACAUCGUCUGCUGCCCGCCUUCAACACCAGCAGCGGCCUCCCUUAUCCCAGGGUCAAUCUGAAACAUGGGGUUGGGGGUCCUGAGAGCCGGACAGGCACAGAAACGGACACCUGCACGGCCUGUGCAGGGACGAUCAUCCUGGAGUUCGCUGCUCUAAGCCGCUUCACCGGGGACCCCGUGUUUGAGGUGCAUGCCCGCAGAGCCCUGGACUUCCUGUGGGAGAAGAGGCAGAGGAACAGCAAUCUCGUGGGCACCACCAUCAACAUCCACUCUGGAGAGUGGGUCCGCAGAGACAGUGGCGUCGGAGCAGGUAUCGACUCGUACUACGAGUAUUUGCUGAAGGCGUACGUCCUCCUGGGAGACGACCUCUUUCUGCAGCGCUUCAACAUUCACUAUGCAUCCAUCAUGAAGUACAUCAGCCAGCCGCCCCUGCUGCUGGACGUCCACAUCCACAAGCCCCUCCUCCCCGCACGCACCUGGAUGGACUCCCUGCUGGCCUUCUUCCCCGGACUCCAGGUGCUGAAGGGCGACAUCCGUCCCGCCAUCGAGACACACGAGAUGUUGUAUCAGGUGACCAAGAAACACAACUUUCUCCCCGAGGCCUUCACAACAGAUUUCCGGGUCCACUGGGCUCAGCACCCCCUGAGACCUGAGUUUGCUGAGAGCACCUAUUUCCUCUACAAGGCCACCGGAGACCCCUACUACCUGGAGGUGGGGCGCACCGUGCUGGACAACCUCAACCGCUACGCCCGCGUGCCCUGUGGCUUCGCGGCCAUGAAGGACGUGCGCACUGGCAGCCAUGAGGACCGGAUGGACUCGUUCUUCCUGGCCGAGAUGUUCAAGUACCUGUUCCUGCUGUUCGCCGACACGGAGGAUCUCCCCUUCGACGUGGAGGACUACAUCUUCACCACAGAAGCCCACCUGCUGCCCCUGUCCCUCUCCGUGGCCCCCAGCUCGGCCGCCACGCUGGGGAACGCCACGGUAACCCCCGGUUACCAAACCGGUGCAUGCUCUCCUCAAGUGCCCUACGCUCUCCCUUGGUAGAUCCCU